AUGACGCUAACGUCGCCCUCAAAGAAGGAUGUUGUUCCUAACAAUAAUAAUAACAGCCAAUCAAUGAAUCCUCGGAAUCAAGAUUCCAUCAACACUUCAAGAAGAGGCACAUUGGAUGACAGUUUUAAUACCACCUAUGAUACCUCAAUUCUAUCUGAAGAUGAUGAUACUGAAUUGGAAGACAUUCUCGGUCGAUCUCAACGAAUACGAGGAAAUGGUGAGAAUGAUCUCUCAGAGUUCAAAUAUGACUUAAAAGAAAUGAAACAAUGUGUUGGAAGAUUGAGUAAUCAUGGUCUUCUUCAACAAUUUAAUUCUUCUGGAAAUAGUACUGAAUCGGAGAGAUCAGAAAUUCUAUCAGUUGUGACUACAUUGAGAAAUAUUCAACAACAAGGGGACAAUGAUCACAUUCUUGAUACUCUUAUGAUCAUGGAAGACGAGGAAGAUUCUUCAACUGCUAUCAUGGCCAGUGAAGCAUUCAACAAUAUUAAAUUAACAAUACGAGACAAAUCGAGUGUGAGUAACACCCCUUCACUCGGUGAUAAUACUCUGAAACAAGGCUCACCUUCAAAAAGCUCUUUGAAAAUGCAAGAAACGGAACUCAAAGGCUAUGAAGGAGACAAUGAAAUACUUCGAUCGAUUGACUUGGAGAGUAAAAAUUAUAAGUCUGCUGAACUAACUAGUAUCGAUAACUAUAAAUCGAUGGAUUUAGAGUCGAAAUGGGAAAUUGAAAAGAAGAACCGAGAUUUAGAGAGAAGAAUUGCUAAUUUGGAACAAGAACUUAUUACAUGGCAGCAAAAAGAAAAGAUUGCAAAAGACUCGUAUAACAAUGAAAAAUCGUUGACAGAACAGCUCAAGUACCAAAACGAUGAACUGAUUUCCGAAAACAAAAAGCUUGUAAAUCAAAAGAAAGAACUUAAAGAUAGAAUUGACUCUCUAACUGAAACAAAUCAAACAUUGUCUCAACAAUGUGACCUUCUAUCUUCAGAAAAUAGAAAGCUCAUGGAUUCGAUACGAACGUUCGAAGACGAGACAAAUCGAUCCAAAGAUCAGAUCAAAUCAGCCAACGAUCAAAUAUCACAACAAGCCCUAACCAUAUCUUCAUUAGAGAAAAAUAAGGAAGAACUUUGUAGCAAAAUUACAGAACUUGAGAAUACAAUCACAAAGCAAACUAAGGAAAUUCAAGCAAAAUCAAAACAAAUCAAGCAUCAAGAGAAAGAUCUUUUGAAUUUUGUCAAAGAAUUCGAUCAAACAAAACAACAGUUUUCGACAUUUAUCGAGAAAUACGAAAAGAUGAUUGAAAAAUUGGAAAAGUACAAAAAGGUAAAGCAAAAACUUGUGGAGAAAGUAUCUUUAUUAACAAAGGAAGUCGAGAGAUUAAAAGAUGAAAAUAAGAUGUCGAGUAUGGAUGAGACGCCUACUUCCACAGGAAAAAGACCAACAUCGAUAAGUAUCAGUCGAGGGGAAGCAAGAGAAACCUCGUCAGGGGAUAUCAAGUACCAAACACCUAACAACGCUAACAACGGCUCCACACAACCAACAACAAAGAGAAGCUCAUCCGUUGGAAGGCAAUCGACUCGUUCAUCUCCAACCUCGAAUGUAAACAGUGCCACACCAAAUGUAGCAGCGAACGUGAGUAACAUGUCAUCACCACAAGCAAUGCCAUCAAGCAACAAGAAAUCACCUGCAUUUUCCAAUAACUCCUCCAUAACUGUUAAAACGUCUAAGCAUCCUGUGAAAGAAUCUUCCUUGAAAGAUUGUUCAAACCAAGCAGUGUUCGAGACAGAUGAUGAAGAAACAGACGGAGAGCCACUUUCCCACUCUCAAGGUGUGCCAUUCUUUAAAAACCCUACGUAUCUAAGGAAAAAGUUAAUAACCGAACGAAAACGAGUGGAGCUUAAAAACUUUGAAAUUGCUGGUUUAAAAGAACUGCUUGCCACGGCUAUCAAAACUUCACACCUCAGUAAAAAUGAAAAUCAAUAG